ACGUUAGUUCUUUUGCAGUGGAGGUGAAGGUGGGAUUGGCGUAGAAGGAGUGUAAGACGUAAUACUAAGUUAACACAAGCAUGAUGAAUAUCGUAUCUCGUGCGGGAAAUUUAGCACCGUACCUAAAAGCAACAUCGCAGGUUGUAGCACCUCAAUUAAAGCUACCAGCAACGCCGGUUGCAAUUUCAUCUGAAAAGAUUGUGACCCCAAGUCUGCCGAAGCAACAUACAAGUUAUUCUUUAAGCCAGACUUUACCCAAGGGUAAUUUGAGGGUGUGUUCUGGCCCAACAGUUACUACUCAAGUGAGAUGUGCACACACGGAUAUUCAGGUUCCAGAUUUCAGUGCAUACAGAAGACAUUCAGUAGCAGAUGCAACAGUGAAGAAUACGGACCCGGAAGCCCGAAAAUCUUUUACGUACCUAGUAGCGGGAACUGGUGCCAUUGGAGGAGCAUAUGCUGCGAAGGCAAUAGUAACCCAGUUUGUCUCAAGUAUGAGUGCAUCUGCAGACGUGCUAGCUUUGGCGAAAAUUGAAGUGAAACUGAGUGACAUCCCAGAAGGAAAGAGUGUUACAUUCAAAUGGCGAGGGAAGCCACUGUUCAUCAGGCACAGAACGGCAGAAGAAAUUCAGCAAGAACAGAGUGUAAAUGUAAGCACACUAAGAGACCCUCAGCAUGAUAAUGAAAGAGUGCAGAAACCAGAAUGGCUGGUUGUACUUGGAGUGUGCACCCACCUUGGCUGUGUACCCAUUGCCAAUGCAGGUGACUUUGGUGGAUACUACUGUCCCUGUCACGGCUCUCACUAUGAUGCAUCAGGUCGUAUCAGAAAAGGCCCAGCACCUCUCAAUUUAGAAGUUCCAACAUAUGUGUUUCAAGAUGAAGGAACCUUAGUUGUUGGCUGAUUUUACUCAUAACUACUAGCAUGUAUUAGUUAUGUGAAGUAAAUCAUAUGUUCCCAAGAUAAUUAAGUUAUUGUUCAGUUAUAUAGAUAUGUACAUAUUACCCUUUAUUGUUCCUGAUAUGAAAGAAAACUGAGUUAUCAAUUGGUCUGUGGCUCUUAAAGUAAAUAUGAAUCACUGUAUAUGUUGCAACACUUCCUUUUAUGUACAUUAAUUAAAAUACUUUUUUUAAUUA